AUGGCUCCUACCUACAUCAGCGACUCUGCCAACACCAUGCUCUCUGCUAAAGACAAGCAUAAACUAAGGAAACCAGUGGAGAAGAUGUGUAGAGACCGCAUCAACACCUGCAUAGAGCAGCUCAAGACCCUGCUGGAGAGGGAGUUCCACAAACAGGACCCCAACACCAAGCUGGAGAAGGCUGACAUCCUGGAGAUGACAGUGGGGUUCCUGAAGCAGAAGCUGCAGCCUCAGAGCCCAGUCCCCCAGAGGGCCCACAGUGAGGGCUACUCCCAGUGCUGGAGGGAGACCCUGCACUUCCUGUCUUCCAGCUCCAUGAAGGACAUGAUGCUUCAGAACCUCCAGAGAGCUGGCCAGGACGUCUGCCCCUCCUCGCCACUCUCCUCCCAAUAUCAACACCACAGCCAGGGCCCAGUGAAGCAGGCCACCAGUGGUCACAAAACAGUCUGGAGGCCCUGGUAG